AUGUUGGGAAUGGCGAAUCAUACAAAUCGCAUUCCACUAGUCAACAUCGAAAACGUGCGAGUGAUGGAGAAAAUGAUGGCGUUGAGUCAGGUUUUCCCCGAUCUCAUCAAUCAACUCAAUUUUGCGUUAUUACCCAAAACGACAUUCUACGAAUUCUCGAUUGGUCGAGAUGCGUGCUGUCGCUUUAAUGAGGAGAAUUUCGAGAAAUUACGGCGACAACCCGAGCGAAUGCUCAGCGCUUAUGGAGUCUAUUUUCAGAGUUGGAAGUAUUUCUGGUCAAUUCGGCGAUCGGUGGUUGAGUGGCUUCGACCGAACUCGUUCAUCGAGAAACUUGUCAACACAACGUUUCCACGGAGUUUUAUCACCGAUAAUGUGCAAGUCAUUGAAAAUUUGCUUGUUGAAGGACUUUGGUAUUUGGCAAGAAUCUUUGAGCACGAGGAUCAAAAAGUCAUUGACGCUCCCGAAUUCCGACUCAUUCUUGUAUCGUCGAUGAAACCCGAGCUAGAUUUGGGAAUCGCUCACAAAUUGUGCAAUCAAGUUAUUUUGACAGCACCGGCAUCGACUUUCGGCUGGUUUAUGGGAUUUUUGGGAAAAGGUGGAAAUGCAACUGUUUUCUACUCAGAGGAAGCGCGUCCCUAUGCAUCAACCAGAAGUGCGGACGGAAAACGUGCGAUGCAAGUCCCGAUUCCACCAGUGAUUCAAAAGUUGCCAACUAAAAGCUACUUUGCUCAACAAUACAAC